AUGUCGUUAAAGCGUAUUAAUAAGGAAUUAACUGACAUAGGAAGAGAUCCACCCUCAUCAUGUUCUGCUGGACCAGUUGGAGACGAUUUAUAUCAUUGGCAAGCAUCAAUUUUAGGGCCAGUUGAUUCACCAUAUGCUGGAGGAGUAUUUUUCUUAUCGAUUCAUUUUCCAACUGAUUAUCCAUUCAAACCACCAAAGAUCCAAUUUACGACAAAGAUUUACCAUCCCAAUAUUAAUUCAAAUGGUAAUAUUUGUUUAGAUAUUUUAAAAGACCAAUGGUCACCAGCGUUGACAAUUUCCAAAGUUUUGUUGUCGAUUUGUUCGUUGUUGACUGAUGCUAAUCCAGACGAUCCAUUAGUUCCAGAAAUUGCACAUUUGUAUAAAUCUGAUAGAUCUAAAUAUGAGGCUACAGCUAAAGAAUGGACCAAGAAAUAUGCUACAUAA